AUGUGGUUAGGACUUGUGUUCUGUUGUACUAUCGCAUUGGUUGCAGGUGUCCGCUCACCUCAUGUGGACUACAUCGAAGAGUUAAUCAGAAACCAGGGAUCUGGUAACCGUAUCUCUAACAACAUUAACGAAGAUGCUACGCUAGAUUUGCCGGAACUGGUGAGAAAAUACAAUUACCCAUUCGAAGAGCACUUCGUGACGACUGAAGAUGGAUACAUCUUGGGACUGCACCGCAUUCCUCACGGCAGAGACUCCAACAACAGGCCUGGGAACAAGCCCGUUGUGUUCUUGAUGCACGGCUUACUGUCUUCAUCUGCGGAUUUUAUCGUUAUGGGACCUGGAUCUGGCCUUGGAUACAUUUUGGCGGAGGAAGGCUAUGAUGUUUGGAUGGGAAAUGCCCGUGGAAACUACUACUCGAGGAGAAACGUGCGCUUAAACCCAGACUCCAUUUUGAGCAAUGCCUUCUGGGAGUUUUCCUGGGAUGAAAUAGGAGAUAUGGACUUGCCUGCCUCUAUCGAUUACGUACUUCAACGAACAGGACAUUCUGCGUUGCACUACGUUGGAUUCUCUCAGGGCACUACGACGUUCUUUGUAAUGGGGUCCCUUCGACCGGAGUAUAACAGGAAAAUUAUUUCAAUGCAUGCAAUGGCGCCCAUAGCGUUCAUGGGGAACAAUAGUAGCCCUUUGUUGCAAGCUUUAGCUCCCCAUGCCAGAAGAAUUGAGGAAAUGGCUGCUCGACGUGGCAUAGCAGAAUUUAUGCCUAAAAUGCCAAUUUUCACCACGAUAGGCAAAGAGUUCUGUGUUGACGGGGCACCGACUCAGCCUCUUUGCAGUGACGCCAUGUUUUUCAUUGCUGGACAAAGUGGUGAAGGGCAACACAAUGCAACCAUGUUACCAGUGAUACUUGGCCACUACCCAGCUGGUGUUGCGUUACGGCAAAUUGCUCACUACGGCCAAUCGAUCGCUAGUGGCGAAUUCAAGCGCUACGACCACGGACCUGUCACAAACCGACGGAGAUAUGGAACCGCGACCCCUCCCCGUUACAACCUGUCCAAAAUAUCAGCACCAGUGUAUCUGCACUAUUCUGAAACCGAUCCAUUGGGAGACAUAAAAGACGUGGAGAGACUAUUCACGGAACUGGGGAAUUUAGCUGGAAGGAUUAGAGUGCCAAUGCGUGUAUUCAGUCAUGUAGACUUCAUAUGGGGUGUAGAUGCGAAAACUCUUGUAUAUAACGAUAUUAUUCGCGCCAUGCGAAGCCGUCGUCGUCAGAAUUAAAGUGAAACUAUAGUCUGGCGAGCACGUUGAUAGCACUCCCAUCACACGCG